AUGAAAGCCGUGGAAUUCCGAAAGUUCAACAGAGUCGGAUCAAAACAGCAGACCGAAUGCCUUCGCAGCGUUGCUUAUUACAUAGGAAAGACGACGGAACCUGUUACAAGAAUGGCUAUGAACCUGCCAACAAUACCAGCAGACUUGUCGUACGAGCAGUACUGCAGACGUUAUCUAGACAAUGAAUCCUACAUUCCACUGAUGUAUCAGAAAGCUGGAUAUAAAAUGUUUGGAGCUGAAGACUCCCCGACGGCCAGCGUUCUCCACUACCCUAAUUGCCUUGGUACGAAAACGAGACAGUUUCAGCAUUCGUACAGGCUGAGCAGCGACCGGCACUUGGAGCAUGUUCAUACGAAGGGAUCCUGUCGGCUUGUGCACGACAAUAUGCUGGACUACCUCGAACAUUUUGUGAACGCAUACAACGGGUUACCAAAAUUCUCGCUCACAUGGUUUGUCUGGCUGGCACAUGAUGACACUUUGUGGUUGUAUCGUAGCGACUACAAACUAUACGACUUUUAUCUGAAGAAUAGAGAUGCGCUUAGCAACUCAUUCAUCUUCUUUUUCGGUGAUCACGGCCCACGUAGUGGAGAC